AUGAAUGCGCAAGCUACGACGACGGAUCGAUAUGUAUCUUCCUACCCCUCCCUCACCCCCUCCGAAUUCGAAGUGGCAUGUCUACACCUCCAAUCACAGUUCCUGAGGGGUGGUGUAGAGUGUACAUGGCAUCGCCCACCACCCCCACGGUCACCCUGGUACCGGUCGGUGGUGGAGGAACAGCCGGGAUAUUUGUCGAUCCGAGUGUAUCGCAAUUCAGCUACAACUUCAGAUCCAACCGCUGACGACGACGACGACGACGACGCAAAUCUGGACGUGGGCGUGGACGAGAUCGAAUUGGAAGACAUCGACGAUCCAGCCCUCGCUCCCCCCACCCAUGACCACCACCAAAACGGCUCCAAUGUCACACUCCCGAUCGUCGGCUACUACCACAUCCUCCUAUCCCCAACCUACCGCCUCCCCAUUCUCUACUUCCGCUUCAUCUCCCCUCACCCUAACCCCCUUACCCCAAUCCUCCUCUCCCCCGACAACCAAAACCAAAACCAAAACCAAAACCAGAACGCAGACACGAUCGAAAUCCAAGGCGCGUUGAGUAUAGCCGAACAUCCCCUCCUAGGCGGGACUUGGUGGAUGAUACAUCCGUGUAUGACGGGGGAUGCGAUGAUGGAUGUACUCGACAGCGACAUAGACACAGGCAGGGUCACGGCGGAGGAGUAUAUGGGCCUUUGGAUGGGUGUUGCUGGGAGCGUGGUGGGGCUCGGGAUACCCCUUCCCAUGGCCAGGCAGUGA